GGAAGUAUAAUUGUUUAUGCUGGAAAAAACGUGGAUUAUCUACUUAGUAUGUUAAGUUAUGACAGCUCUUGGAAAAACAAUUCAUUGACUGCAGUUAAUAUAUUAUACUGGGUUUUUAUCAAGUGAUAACGGACUACACGCAUAGUUAACAUUUUCUUCACUGUGCUCAAUGUGUUAAUAGAGGGGUAGCAGUUUUAGGUCUACAGCAUGCACCCAGUCUUGGGGUUAUCACGGUUCUGUUCACAUUAUUUAGUUUAUUGGACUAAGACCUGGAGAUUGACUAGGACAGUGCAAUGGGCAUUGGUCCGAAGAAUUUAUAGUGAGACAGGCAAGUGGGAACGAGAUUAUCGAGAGCAGACUAGGAAACAAGUUGAGGGGUGGUGGCGCCCCAGAAUCAAAGAACAGUUCCACAAGCUAUCCAAGAAAGAUGACUCAAGACCUAAAUUUUAUGCCUUGUCAAUGUUCCCAUAUCCGUCUGGUAAUCUUCACAUGGGUCAUGUACGAGUAUAUACCAUCAGUGAUGUUAUAGCGCAUUUCCAGAGAAUGCAAGGAAAACAGGUCUUGAACCCCAUGGGAUGGGAUGCCUUUGGGCUACCUGCUGAAAAUGCAGCUAUUGAGCGUGGUUUGGACCCGGAAGAGUGGACCAAAAGUAAUAUUGUACACAUGAGAGAACAGCUUCUUAAUCUUGGCCUUUGUUUUAAUUGGGAACAGGAAAUAACCACAUGUCAGCCAGAUUAUUACAGAUGGACCCAGUAUCUCUUCGUCAAGUUAUAUGAAGCUGGAUUAGCCUAUCAGAAAGAGGCUCUGGUGAAUUGGGAUCCAGUGGACCAAACUGUUCUAGCAGAUGAGCAAGUGGAUGAAAAUGGCUGUUCUUGGCGCUCUGGAGCUAAAGUGGAGCACAAGUACUUGAAACAGUGGUUUAUUAAAACUACCAACUUUGCAAAGCCCCUUCUAGAUUCCUUGGACGAUCUUCCCAGCUGGUAUGGUGUAAAGGCGAUGCAAGCAAACUGGAUAGGAGACUGUUCUGGCUGUUACUUUGACUUUCAGUUGAAGGUUGGUGGUAUACUUGGAGCAGAGAAGGUCUCUGCAUACACUCCUACUCCUGAAGCCAUAUAUGGAGCAUCUUACCUUUCUAUCCUUCCAAGUCAUUGGCUUCUUCAUGGAGAGAGUAAGCUGAGGGAAGUCUUUCAACGCAAGUUUGUCUCCGGCAAUGAUUGCCUGACCUCUGUCACUGCUGUCAAUCUACUGAAUGGACAAGAGAUUCCUGUGGUGAUUUCAGGCCAAACUGAGUUUGAAGGUUACCUGGACACAAAAAUAGGUAUCCCUAAUAUUAGCCUACAGGAUAAAGCAGUGGCUCAGAAACUGGGUCUCGAGUGCCCACAUGUGAUCGAAGUUCUCCCUGAUGGGGAAGAAAAGCUGAUCAACUCAGAAGAGUUUACAGGGCUGAAUCGGCAAGUAGCUGUCAGUGCAGUCAUGCAGCGAGCCAGAAAUAUGGGAGUUGGUGGAUACUUUACAAGUCCUACACUGAGAGACUGGUUGAUAUCAAGGCAACGCUACUGGGGCACACCUAUUCCUGUAAUCCACUGUAAGUCCUGUGGCACAGUGCCAGUGCCCUGUGAAGACCUACCUGUACUGCUGCCCAAAGUGGAAUCAUUUACUGGGAAGGGAAAUUCACCUCUGCGCUCAGUUCCUGACUGGCACAACUGCUGUUGCCCAAAGUGUAAAGGACCAGCAGUGAGAGAAACAGAUACAAUGGACACAUUUGUUGACUCAGCGUGGUACUACUUUCGAUAUACAGAUCCUCACAACACGGAGAGACCAUUUGACAAAGCUUUGGUGGACUACUGGAUGCCUGUAGAUCUGUAUAUUGGUGGAAAGGAACAUGCUGUCAUGCACUUGUAUUAUGCAAGAUUUCUCAGUCAUUUCUGCUUUGAACAAAACAUGGUCAAGUGCAGAGAGCCUUUUCACAAACUGCUUGUUCAAGGCCUCAUCAAAGGGCAGACAUUUCGAUUGGCAACUACUGGCCAGUACAUAAAGAAGGAGGACAUUGAUUUUAGUGGCCCAGAGCCUGUUCACAGAACCACAAAGGAACAGUUGCAGAUUACUUGGGAGAAGAUGAGUAAAUCCAAGCACAAUGGGAUUGAUCCUGAAGAAGCUGUGCGGCAGUAUGGUAUCGAUACAGUUCGUCUCUACAUCCUUUAUGCAGCCCCUCCAGAACAAGACAUCUUGUGGGAUGUUAAGACUGAUGCAAUUCCUGGAGUUCUCAGAUGGCAAGGUAGACUAUGGUCCCUUGUAACAAAGUUUAUUGAUGUCAGAUUAUCAGGAACUUUGCCAGAUCCGAAUCAACUUAAUAAGAAGGAAAAGGCUGAAGCCCGUAAGAUAUGGGAAAACAAAAAUUACGCUCUCCUUGAGGUAACCAAGCAUUUCAUUGAGGAUUUCUUGUUAAAUACUGCCAUUUCACGUCUCAUGGGACUUACUAAUACACUUUCAAAAGCCUCACAGAAAGUGAUUCUUCACAGUACUGAGUUUGAAGAUGCUUUGGCCACACUUUGUGUAAUGACUGCUCCUAUGGCACCACACUUGGCAUCUGAAUUGUGGAAGGGAAUAUCACAUGUGGAGAAUAAAUCUGAUACGCGUUUUCGGUGGGACCAAGAUGUAUUGCUUCAGUUAUGGCCAAGUGUAGACCCAGAGUAUCUGCAGCAGCCUGAUACAGUGGAAAUGGUGGUCCAGAUCAAUAACAAAGCCUGUGGCACAGUGAGUGUAACACAAGACUUAGCAAAGAAUGCAGAGAAGGUGUGUCAGAUUAUCCUGCAAAGUGAAUUGGGCAUCAGACACCUUCAGGGGCAUGCCAUCAAAAAGGUUUUCCUUUCACCAAGAACUGCUCUUAUCAACUUUCUAGUUGAGAAAUAAGUAUUUAUAGUGCAAUGCUGGCAUUGUGUAGUGUUAAAGUACUUCAUACUGAAGCCGAAAUUAAUGCAUUACCUACAUUUAAAACAACUAUUUUGGGUUGAAAUGUGCACAUUUUUCUUUUUGGUAUACAGCAUAACAGAAAGCAGAGUAGUAAUAUUGAAAACUAUUAACUUUUUACCAGGCUUGAAGCUGUGUAUAUUAUUAAUUCCAUAUCUAGUACUUAAAAAAAAUGUUAUCCAUGCAAGAUGUUAACAUAGGUACUAUUUAUGGAUGAUCAUUUUUGUGACAUUGCUUAGAAAAUACAGUUUAGUGUGUUUGAGAAUCUUUAGAGGAGCUUUACACAAUCAUUAACAGUGAACUGUGGGUUGUGCUGCAUUUAUUCACUAAUGCUAAAUCUUAAAAGUGGGAAUAAGUAUGUUGUUAAUAAAGUUUUGUGUAGUUACAGUAAAUAUGAAUUGUGUAAAGUUUGUUUUAUUGCUGUUUUGUCAUAUAUAUGUAAUAUAUUUUCAAUAAAAAUCUGAAAAGUU